CAGACGAAAAUGUUCUGAACAUGAGACAUGCGGGUGAGAGAUUUUAUGAACGUUAAUUUUCAUUAAAUCUUGUACACGAUCAUAUUUUAGUUAAAGGCAGUUGUUAUUGAUAAAAUAUUCAAAUUCCAGUUUGCUAAAGCCAGAAUAGCUAAGCAUGGCAACUAAAUGGGGUGUGGUUUCUGCAGGAAAGAUAAGUCAUGAUUUCGUAACAGCUGUGAGGAGUAUGCAAAGUAAUGAACAUGAGUUUGUUGCUAUUGCUGCUAGAAAUUUGGAUUCGGCAAAAGAAUUUGCUUCUCGGCAUGGUAUAUCUAAGGCGUACGGUUCAUAUGAAGAAUUAGCAAAAGAUCCUGACGUUGAGGUUGUAUAUGUGGGAACAAUCUUUCCUUAUCAUUUUCCUGUGGGGAAGUUAAUGUUGGAAAAUGGGAAGCAUGUACUGAUGGAGAAAGCCAUGUGUCUUAAUUCAAAGCAAACAAAAACACUUGUGGAUAUUGCUCGUAAGAAUGGGAGGUUUCUCAUGGAAGCAAUUUGGAGUCGAUUUUUCCCAGUGUAUAAGACCUUGAAGGAUCUCUUACAAAAAGGUACUAUUGGAGAUAUUGUCCAUGUUGAUGUCACUUUUGGAAAGCCACUUCUUCAUGCGGAACGUUUGGUAAAGAAAUCAAUGGGUGGAGGCACUGUGUUAGAUCUUGGCAUUUAUGUACUAAAUGCUGUAAAUUUCGUUUACAAUGGAGAAAAACCAAGUAAAAUUGUAGCUGUUGGUCACCUAAAUGAUGAAGGAGUGGAUAUAGGUAUGGCAAGUAGUAUGCAGUUUAGCAAUAAUCGUACUGCAAAUGUUGCAACUACUGCUACAGCAGAAAUGCCCAAUGAGCUAGUUAUUACUGGAAAAAAAGGCCAUAUAAAAGUAUUGAGCCCAAUGUGGUGUCCUACAGUGAUUCAAACACCUAAUGAAGUUUUAGAAUUUCCUUUGCCAGAUACUAUAGCUCCUUGCAAUUUUGAAAACAGCUCUGGACUCCGAUUUGAAGCCAUGGAAGUUAGGAAAUGUAUUCAAAAAGGGGAAUUGGAAAGUUCCAUUAUGCCACUAAAGGAUUCCAUUACUCUAUCUGAAAUGAUUGAUGAAAUUCACAGACAGAUUGGAGUUUCUUAUCCGGAUGAUUAAAGAGCUAUCCGCAUGAAAUUGGAUCAACACUCACAAAUUAAUUCAAAUCAGUGGAAAACAAAACUUAUUUUUUUAAAGGAAAAAAAAUAUUUAAGAAUACUAAGAAAUGUUUGAAUUAUAUACAUAUAUUUUUUAAUUUUAUUAAAUAGUUUA